AUGGCAGCUCCCACCCAGCUUGCUUACCGUACGGUUAAGGGCAUUGGCAUCUUGGAUGCGGCCCCAGUUUAUGAGCCUUUGUCGGGGUUCGAAAAGCCUGAAGGAAACCUGCGUUGUAGUGCUUAUUCGCCCUGCGGCCGUUAUUUCGCAUGGGCUUCCCCGGAGAAGGUCACCAUCGUCGAUCCUUCCGUCGGACACGUUGUGUCGACCAUUGCUGCCGAUAAUGUCUUCGAGCUUGGAUUCUCGCCGCUCGGAACAUACUUGAUCACCUGGCAACGCCCCACGAAGGACGCGAAUGGCGAUACUAUGAAGAACCUGAAGGUCUGGCAGGUCGUCCAGCCGUCCCCCGAUAGCAACGGUGACGCGAAUGUCGUCGUGGGCAGCUUCGUCCAGAAGUCGCAGACCGGCUGGAACCUUCAGUACACCUCCGAUGAGCGUUACUGCGCGCGGGUCGUCACCAAUGAGGUUCAAUUCUAUCAGAGCGAGAACCUGUCUCAGGUUUGGAAUAAGCUGCGUGUGGAGGGGGUUGCGGACUUUGCAGUCGCACCCGGAAAGAACCAUUCUGUGGCCGUAUUUAUUCCUGAGCGUAAGGGACAACCCGCUGCUGUCAAGGUCUUUUUGGUGCCUCAGUUUGGAUCGCCGGUCUCGCAGAAGACCUUCUUCAAGGGCGACAAGGUCCAGCUGAAGUGGAACGAGCAGGGUACCACUCUGAUUGUGCUCGCGCAGACGGAUGUGGAUCGGUCGGGCAAGAGCUACUACGGCGAGACGACUCUCUACCUGCUUAGUGCUGGUGGUGGCUUUGACUCCCGUGUGGACCUCGACAAGGAGGGUCCCAUUCACGAUGUAACCUGGUCUCCCAACUCCAAGGAGUUCGGUGUUGUCUAUGGCUACAUGCCUGCCAAGACUACAAUCUUUAACUUCCGCGGUGUGCCCAAGCACACCUUCGCUUUGGCGCCUCGCAACACUAUCCUUUUCUCGCCUCAUGGGCGGUUUGUGCUGGUGGCCGGUUUCGGUAACCUGGCAGGCCAGAUGGAUAUAUACGACAUGGAUAAGAAUUUCCACAAGAUCGCCACCGUCGAGGCCUCGAAUGCCAGUGUUUGUAACUGGUCGCCCGAUGGCCAGUACAUCUUGACGGCCACUACCAGCCCUCGUCUGAGGGUGGACAACGGCAUCCGUCUCUGGCAUGUUAGCGGCGCUCUGAUGUACAACGAAGAGAUGAACGAGCUUUACGACGUGUCCUGGCGGCCUCAGUCGCUCAUCCAGCAUCCCCUGGGUGACCCGUUCAACCCCCUUCCGGCUCCCCACCCCUCUGCUGUCGCAUACUUGAGCACCAGAAAAGCGCCGGUGAAGCCUGCGGGUGCGUAUCGUCCCCCGGGUGCCCGUGGUCAGCUCACGCCCCUGGCGUUCAAGCGUGAAGACCAGGGUGGCGCGGUCUUUGUCCGAGAUGGUGCGAGCGGCGGUGCCACUGUUCACACUACGAACGGAUUCGGCAGAACGCGCAGACGUGAGGUGCCUGGUGCCGAGCCAGCCGAGGAAUUCCUUCCUCCGGGAGCCGCUCCUGGAGGAGGCGUUGCUCUGCCCCCUGGCGCCGACCAACCGGAGAAGCUGUCCAAGUCGGCCGCGCGCAACAAGAAGAAGCGUGAGGCCAAGAAGCAAAAGGAUGGCGAGGACGAGGAGGCUAGCCCCAACCGUCGCGGCGACAAGGGCCACCAUGAACGCAGCCGGUCCAAGGGUCAGAAUGAGCGCAAGAAUGGUGGCCAAGCCAACGGUGCGGCGCCUUCGGCCAAGGCGAAUGCCAAUGCCAGCAACGCGGCCGCGGCCGCGUCGGCGGCGGCUGCGGCGGCGGCUGCGGCUGCGGCUGCCGACGCGAGCGGCGCUCCCACUGCGCAGGACAAGAAGAUCCGCGGUCUUCUGAAGAAGAUUCGGGCGAUCGACGAGCUGAAAAUGCGUCUUGCCGGUGGCGAGAAGCUCGAAGAUACACAGAUGAAGAAGAUUCAGACCGAGGAGGCCGUGCGCAAGGAGCUCGACGGCUUGGGCUUCAGCGGAUAG